AUUUUGGCCUCGGCCAACCUGCGCUUUGCCAGGCACCACGCUGCGACUCCUUUGACCAUCUUGUGUUUCGCAAAUACGCACAGCACCAUUGUCUUAUAGCGAGUUCAAUCCUUCGUUUCACGUUCCGCACAAUUAUCUCUAUUCCCUGGUGCAUCCACAAAGCCAAGUGCUGGCCCAAUAUUAAUACAUCAGAUAAGGGCGAGGAAGAACCGAGCUUCAAGCAUCAAGCAACUUCUUGUCGCGUAACUCUCACUACAUCGACGCCCGCUCAAACAACACACUGCAACCAUGGUAGACCGUCGGGGCGCUACAACACCACCGCUGAAGUCGCCUUCGCCCUCGGCUGUCGCGCGAUCGUCGAGCAUCCCUCGCAUUGCGACCAGCAAGCUCUUCCUGCCCCUCCAAAAUGAGGGCACUGCAAUCUCAACACGAGGGCAGCAUCUGCCCUCGCUGUUCCAGCGCCGACCUUCGACUAUACGCAGUACCGAGCGCGGGCGCCGUGGCAGCAUCAGCGAGGAUGACGAUGACCUAGAGAGCGGGCGCCACGGGCUCAUGAUGAACUACGAUAGUGAUUCUGAUAGAAGGCAAAGUGUUGGCGCGUCGGUUCUGAACACUCCCCAAAUGCGUAGUCAGCGUUUGAUUGGAAAUUCGAACCCCCGAUACAAGUGGGAGAAAUACUACAAGGGCGAAGAGGAGCUCAAGGGUAUGAAGAAGCCAAUACGCGACUACUAUGAGCGCAACAACCAGCUCAUCCAGCACUACAUGUACAUCGACCGUCUUCUUGACUCCUCGCUCCCUCACAACCUGAUCGAAGAGUACACCAAUCUUGGGUCUGGCGCCGUCAACAUUCCCUCCACAAUCAGCGAGGAAUCGUCUGCCGUCAAUACGCCGGCUGCAAAUACGCCGCACAACGGCUUGGUGCACAGCACCGGGCACUCCUCAGCGACUAGCUUGACAGACUCUUACGGCACCACAAGUGCCAAUGCGAAUGGGAACGGAAAUGCAAAGGCCAAGCUGACAAGAACGCCAAAGAACUUGUACAAGGUCCCGGAGGUCGACGAGAACACACCCUUAAUCUCGCGAGAUGAGGUCAUCUCAGACGACGAGGACGACGAGACAUCCUCGAACUCGAAGCUGAUGGAAUGGGUGCCUGAGGAGGACGAAGACACGGACAGCCCUAUUGUUAAGGUGGCACUCUACGUCAAUCUGUCAGCCAACACGGCACUCCUGAUCAUGAAGAUCAUCGUGGCGGUCAUGACAUCCUCACUCUCCGUUGUCGCCAGUUUGGUUGAUGCGGCACUGGACUUCCUCAGUACAGUCAUCGUCUGGUUCACGUCCUGGAUGAUCGCGCGCCAGGAUCGCUACGCCUACCCUGUUGGCCGUCGGCGCCUGGAGCCGAUCGGAGUUCUGGUGUUUUCCGUCAUCAUGAUCACGUCCUUCUUCCAGGUUGGAAUCGAGGGUGUCUCUCGCUUGUCUGGGUCCGAUCACACCGUUGUGCAGCUGACCAUCUCCGCUGUUGCUAUCAUGGCUUCCACGGUUGUCAUCAAGGGGCUGUGUUGGUUCUGGUGCCGCCUCAUCCGCAACUCUUCCGUCCAGGCGCUUGCGCAAGACGCGAUGACCGACGUUGUCUUCAACGCGUUCUCCAUCUUCUUUCCGCUUGUCGGUUACUUUGCGAAGGUCUGGUGGCUAGACGCGCUGGGCGGUAUCCUGCUCUCAGCCUACGUGAUCAUCAACUGGUCGCGCACGUCUGCCGAGCACAUUCGCAACCUGACUGGUGCGAGCGCGACUGCCGACGAGCGAAACAUUCUGCUGUACAUGACGAUGCGGUUCGCCAAGUCCAUCAAGCGAAUCCAGGGAAUUCAGGCCUACCACGCCGGUGAUAAACUCAAUGUCGAAGUUGACAUUGUGGUGGACGAGCACACUUCUUUGAGGGACAGCCACGACCUUGGAGAGAGCUUGCAGUAUGUGCUUGAGAGUGUACCUUACGUCGACCGCGCGUUCGUCCACAUUGACUACACGGACUACAACUUCCCCACACACAUGUCGCAGCAAGAGUAAGGCCGGCUACUGUCCGAUAUUGUAAUAUAUGUGUUGUAUCGCAUUCGUAGAUAUUUGUAUAUAAAAGCCCUCAAUAGGAGGUUUGAAUGCUCA